ACACUUCAGAUUCUUCCUCUCUCAUUUGAAAAAUCAAUCGCGAUUACAAAAAAAAAAAAUUGAACUUUAGCUCUGCUUUCAAGAAGCAUGAAGAGCUCCCAUCAUAAGGAUAUUCUCACCGGUUUACCGGUUUUCCGGUUGACUAGAAAGCUAACCGCUUUACCAGCUGUUGUCUUGUUUCUACUAUUAUCCGGGUCGGAGCUAGCGGCGGGUCAAUCAGAUCAACCCGGACAAACCGACCCGAGAACUGACCCGUAUGGUUACGGUGGCAGUCUAAGUCCCGCCAUGGCCGUGGUCGUUGUGGUCGUGAUCGCCGCUCUCUUCUUCAUGGGUUUCUUCACCGUCUACCUCCGCCACUGUUCGGGCGCAGUUGACGGCAGCGUCGAUCCUAGGGUAGGAGCGAGGAGAGUAACGAACAGAACGGUGGCGCGUGGGCUAGACGCGUCGAUGAUCGAGACGUUUCCGACUUUCGUGUACUCGGAAGUGAAGACGCAGAAGAUCGGGAAAGGUGCGUUGGAGUGUGCGAUUUGCCUUAACGAGUUCGAGGACGACGAAACGCUGCGUUUGCUACCUAAAUGCGAUCACGUGUUCCACCCUCACUGCAUCGGCGCGUGGCUCGCUGGUCACGUGACUUGUCCGGUUUGCCGUACAAAUCUCGCCGAACAGAAGCAGCCGGCUGAACCGGUUGAACCGAUUAUAAUAACCGAAGCGGAUCUCGAGGCGCAGCAACAACCGGUGAUUCCUGAACCGGCGGUGGAACUCGGUGAGGAUGUGACACGUGUGAAAUUAUCGAGGUCGCACACGACGGGGCAUGCGGUGGUAUUGCCUGGAGAAUGUACCGAGCGGUUUACGCUUAGAUUACCGGAAGAUUUAAGGAAGAAGAUAAUGGCGAAUUGGAAGAUGAACCGGUCUAAUAGUCUUUUGGUUCUACCGAGAGGUGGGAGCUCGAGGAGUGGUAAACCGGUUGACCGUUUGAGGGCUCGAUCGGACCGGUGGUUGUUCCGUAAAACACCGUCAUUUUUAUGGCGGAACCGAGACGAUGGUUCGAUUACGCUAGGUGGUACCGGUAGCAUUAGAGCUAAUGCGAUUACAAGUCCGACCGGUGACUCGGUACGAGCAGACCGGUGGAAUUUUCUUAGAAACCCGUCGUUUCUGUGGAGGAAUACACCGGUUCCUUCGCCGAGAGUUGGAGUCAACAAGGACGGUGAAGGAACAUCGUCCGUUCAACAUACCGGGACAGCUGGUAUUUCUAGCGGGUCCGUUAGAUUACCGGUUUAGUUGGCUUCUCUCUUUCUAUCACAACUCCUUUACCUCUGUUUUUUUUUUCCCAUUUUUUGUGUGUUUUGUGAAUUGUUCAUUACACACGCAAUUCUUUAAUUUCCAUUUUUUUUGUAAGAUAUUAAAUGUCAAUCCCAUGGACAAGGAGAUUGUUUUAUUUCA